AUGCUUAGAAUAGCUGUAUUACAUUUGUUUGUCUUGCAGAUAUUAACAAUAGAGCCACCACCGCCAGAGUGCAGAGGCCCCGCUUCUACUGUAAAAAAUCCGUUGCAAUGCUGUAUAUUUGGUCCACUAUUUAGAGACCAGGAUUUCAAGGAAUGCGGUAUAGAACUACAAUCAGAUGAUGAAGAUAAAGUGAGACAUGGAAUACCUGAUUGUGAAUCACAAAUAUGCCUAAUGUCAAAAAACAAUCUAAUGAAAGAUGACGAUACUAUAGAUAAAGAUGCUCUUAAUGUGUUCAUGGAUAAUUGGGCUUUUAGCCAUAUAAUAAAUUUUGGUCAUAAUAAUAAGUCUACCUUGAAUGCCGUAAACGAAGCUAAAAAUAAGUGUAUUCAGAAAGAACUGCCUGGUCCAUCUGAAGCAUGCGAGGCUAACAAAAUAGUCUUCUGUAUCACUUCUACUAUAUUUGCAGUAAAUGGACAAUUAGAGCACAAAGUAAAACCAGAAAAAUGUUAUGGGACUGAUGAAUUAGAGAAUAGACGCUGUUGUAUAUUCCCACCUUUCUUCAAUCGAGCAGUAGCAAGAGAGUGCGGAGCCGGCUUUGCUUUAAUGUCCAUUGAUAAUAAACACAACGUGACUAAUAUGAGGCGGCACCUCUUCAACUCGUGUGAUCAUUGGAGAUGCAUAUUAAAUACAUACUCCAUAUUGGAUGCUGAAGAAAAUGUGAACAACGAAAACUACUUUGCUCAUCUCGAUAAAUGGACGGCCCUGAAUCCAGAAUUUAAUAAUGCUAUGACUGAUGCUAAAGUAUAUUGCCGGGACGAGUUUCGAGCUAAUAUGCCCGUAAAAGUAUGUGACUUCUUCGAAUAUCAAAAGUGUAUAAGACAUAAUAUAAUGGUGAGCUGCCCAAAAGUUAUAAAUUCUCCAGAAUGUUUUGAGUGGAAAGAAUUUUAUGAAGAAUGUAAAGAAUUUUUCCAU